AUGACUUCCAGGUCAACACUAAUUGCCCCUGUUCGAUCCCUCCUGAACACACUCACAACCCCCAACCCCAUCUCAACCAUCACAUCAACCUUCACCACCAAACCCGCUCCCAUUGCUCACGAAUAUGGUCUUCCGCAAUUGGCGCCCUUCCUUGGUCACACAUACACAGGAAUAGACGGCCCAGAAGGGAUAUCCGUCUAUUUCGGGAUUCUCGUCGAAACUCUCGAUAUCAAGUCGAUGACUUUUGAGCCCGAAUCCAAUUGGCUCGUUGACGAUACCAAUAUGGCAAUCUGUCUGCGUGGAAGUGCAAAGUUCAUUUGGCGCCAGACGGGCCAGUGGUGGGAUGAGACUUUUAUUUAUCGAAUCGUGCUUGCAAAAGACACGAGCGAAGAUGACGAUAAGCGGGACCAAUACUUGGUUUCGGAAUACAAGGUUUGGGCUGAUACCGGGGCGGCGUAUCUUGCUCGGACUGGGGGUUUACACCGAGAGAGCCACUGA